GCCAACAUGGCUGUCGCCGUCUGAUACUCCGCACGAGUCAUCACGCAUCCGGAUAUCUGUGCCACGUCUGUUACCAAGAAAAAGCAGCGAUUCGCGCAAGCGAAAAAAUCACGCCACGAGAACGAAGAAAUUCGUCAAGCUGGCGCCGUUCAAGCUCCGUUUCUCGAAGAUGCUGAAAUCGCGCAGUUCCGGCGAUAGUCGCAGCAACAGCGUGGAAUCCGAGGAACAGCAGCGGCAAAUUAAUCAGUCGUUGCCGUCAGGUACAGACGAGUUUGCGGAUGCACCCGAGACGGAAACGGACAAGAAUUGUUUGUCGGUUAGAAACGAGCAAACAAUUCCCAGCUCACCUCCACCCUCGUACGAACACGUUCUCGAAGAGACACGAAUGGAAUCAUCGGCCAUUGCUCUACGAGAAGGAAAAGGCUCUACAAAGGAGGGAAAUAUGGAAAAGCAGAUUCCCAGUAACGAAAAAAGUACGGAGGACGCUGAAGAUGGUGAUGGAGGUGAUGAUGGCAGUGGCGGUCAAAGAGGUGGGGACAGAAAAGCCAAGAAAAUACUUCAUAAAUCGAGCAAAGAAUUCUACAAGGCGAUGGCAAAGCAGUGGGGCAUAACUUGCAAAAUGAGUGAUCAUUGCAGAUGUUUGGAUUGCCAGAGCCAUUACUUCGACUGCGACUAUGAAAAGGACGAGCAAGCAAAGGGCGAUGGCGGCCUUAGCGCCGGUACGCCGAUGUUCAUCUCCGAGGUGAUGCAUGGCACCGCCUGCGCCCUUCUUUAAAUCGCCGCAUACUUCCGGUUUCGCUUCUUCCCUCGACGGGAAAGAUGUCUGCCUGACUACAUAUGUAGAAAGACGUCUACCUGAUUACACGCACAAAACGGGAAUCAGCGCCUAAAGAACGACGGAGGAGCUUCGCGCAUUUAUAUUCUGUACAAGAUACGCAAUGUCAUUGAUGAGACAUCUGCGUGUAUUUCAACGUAAGAAAAAGAAAGAGAAGCUACUCAUGCGCGCGAUGAAAUAUAAGGGAAAUAUCGUACGCUUUACGGCAUACAAAGAUGCGAGAUAAAUUAUUUUGAGAUUAGACUACUAAGUCUGUGUACACAAGAGCACAUCAAAGACAACCAAUGUAUAAUUACGCUGCUCUUAUACGAAAAGGAAACAAAAGGGAAAUUCUUGCUUCUUCUUUGCAUAAGAGCUGUUCGUCGGACAUAAAAUAAAAUAGAAGAAGAUACAUUUGAACAGUAUACAAUUUUGAACAAUUUGAAUGUCAUCUUCCAAUAAAAGGUUUUCAACAUCUUUUUACGCUUUUGAAAAUCUCUUUUAAGAAUCUAAAGAACACUGAAAAUUUUCUAUUGCCAUAUAUUUAAAUUGUUUAAAUAUGGCCUAACAUUCAAAUGUAUCCUCAUCUUUUUUGCAGACUUAUUUUUUCAGCAUUCGAUGUAAUAUGUGUCAUACUACGUUGCAAAGAGCCGUAUCAACUAGCGCAACGUGCAAGGCCACUUUAUGGUAACAUUGCGACGCGAGUCGUUUAUCUUUAUCGUGAUUUAAAGAUUUGUUAAGAAUGGUACUUCAAGAUUAAACGUAGAGAGUCAUCGAUGUGCGCUUUAUAACUGUCAAUUGCAUUGCACUCGUUCCAGUUGGAGUUUUACGACAGAGUGACAGAGUUAAAAAGACACACACACAUACACAUGAAAAAACAGAUAAAGCGCCUUAAUUCGAAUAUUCAAUUAUCAUUUUUUAAAAUAACAUAAUUGAUUAAUUACAAAAU